AAGGCUGCAUAGCCAGCUCAGCAGCGUGAACCUCGACUUCGGCUUACUUGUAAUCUUCUCCAUACUUCCUCUGGAAUGCAAAUCGUCUUUAGCAAUCGUAACUUGUACAUCUGAUACGAGUCGAACGACUCUACCGAUAGCAGAAAGAUGGAGAUAGAUACGGACAGUUACACCUCCAUCCAUCGGAAGACAUAUGAGGUGACCAUCGGGAUCUUCUUUGGCAUUUCGGUUUUGACUUUGCUUGCGAGACUGACAACACGCCUCACAACACAAAGACGGCUGGCUCUCGAUGACUACUUCCUCAUCUUUGCUCUGGCCUGUCUGUGUGUAUCGGCUGCCAUGCUCUUCGUGAAUGCAGAGGCGUACUUCCUCGACAAUGCGAUCCAACACGAUGUGACCCUUGCGUACAGACUCACGCCGAAAGAACUGGAUAUGGUUAUUAACGGCACAACUCCAUUGAAAACGUUUCUCUGCCUGGCAUGGACUGCAAUUUUCUGUGUCAAGUUCUCUUUCCUGGCUUUCUUCUAUAACCUCAUCGAUAGAGUGCGUGGCAUUCGCAUUUGGUAUUGGUCGGUCGUUGUCUUUACGAUAGUAACCUGGAUGUUUCUGGUUUCCGAGCCGUUCAUACUGUGCCCUUACUCCGGCGUCGACUCAUUGAAGUGCUUGGAUCCGUCUCGCUCACUGUUGAAUGUGUCUUUGACUGGAUUCAUCACAGGACUGGACUGCUUGACUGACAUCAUGAUUGUUAGCAUUCCAGUCAUAAUUCUGAGACAAUCAAAUUUGAAGUUCCGUCAGAAAAUGGUCCUAGGUAUCUUCCUUUGCCUGUCGCUCGUGAUGGUGGCGAUGGCCAUAACACGAGUGAGCAAAGUGAAGAAUGAUAUCGGCACCGACGUCCCGUGGUCGCUGUUUUGGCAGUUCAUGGAGGCAGCUGUGGCAGUCUUCAUGGCAUCAUUGACAACCUUCCGAACGGCAUUUGUGAAACACAAUCAGUCGGGCCAGCACGCCCCACCACCGCUCUAUUCGUACAAACGUUUACUCCGAGGCCGAAAGAACAAAUCGUCCGAGAACGACUUCGAGGACACCGAAAUAGGUCACCUGCCUCAGGUUCCACGGCCGACCAUGACCGGGCUGGGGACGUUUAUCAGGGGCUACAAUCGAAGUCAUGCACUCCACAGUAUGGACGAUACCUUGUGCGGUAGCGAAUCUAAUCGGAGCAUCGUUGUGAAAAAGCAGUUUUCAGUCCAGUCUACCCACGAAUCGGAGGUGAGCCCUCCAUCAACAGCUUAUGAGGAAUAUGAGCCACGCGAUACAUUUAGACGGUAAACAAGAGCUCUCCCCUCGGAGCUUAGAGACAGGCUCUCGGUUUAAGCCCAACGUGGAAAUGCGCAACAUGUACCGUAGAUUUCAUUAAAUGUGGAGCGUUCCAGUCUUGGAAGGGUGGGUAAAUAGAUCAUGUUUUCUGUUCGAAAUAAAUGUGUAGCGGAUAUAUUGUUUGGCACUAGCGUACCUCGAAAGUGAAUCCGUGCAUGCAAU